AUGAACAGUUGGAUGCCUUCAAGACAUGCAGGCGACGAGCAGCAAUACACUGGCUGGCCGUCGACCGCUGCCAACAAUAAUCAACCCUCACCAAACCGUCGAGAUCACGCGUUGCAGCCGCCUUUGUUGACAACUGCACUAAGUAGCCUUCAAUACCACCACGGAACUACCCCCUUAUCCUCAACCUCGCUUUCGAGUCCUUUUAUACAUACCCAAUCUCCAUGUGUUCCAUCUCCGGCAAACGCCAGAUCCACAUCAUCUUCUAGACAGCCAGCAAACUACGGAGUCCCAUAUAAUCCACAAGACUGGGGGCCUGUGGGUGGUGGUGGUGGUGCUGCACAAACUCCAUAUCCACCUCCAGGCAGUCAGCUUCGUGCCGCACCUCAGCAGAGAGCCCAUACAGAGGAGUCUUUGUCUCCACCUCCCCCGCCAUAUUCACCUCCCAGCAAUCAAAAUCGAGUUUCGCAAGGACAAUUUACAUCUCCGAAUCCAAAUGCAUCGGUGACACCUUCCGGGACACCCCCGCAAAAUUUCCCCAGAAAUGGCGAAUUUAAUGCAAAUCCCGAAUAUCCACGACGCUCAGGACAUCGCCCGCGUCCACUUUCCAUGUACACACCUGAGACCGAGUCUCAUCACCAGCUACCGCCUCCACCUCCCCCACAAGGUCCCCUAGGAGUGAGAUCUGUCUCGCACAGUCGACUCGAUGGGAGCCAGGUUGUGCCUGGCCCUUACCACGCCCUUCAAUCUCAUUCCAGGGCUCGAGUAUCUCUUUCUUCUUAUGAUCAAGCUCUUCCAUCGCCAGCUAUCAGGGAUCAAUUACCAGGGCCAUCCUCUGGUCAAUUUGAAGCACCAUCAAGACCACCCGCAUCACGAAGAGCUGCAUCUGCAAGUGCAGUAGUUGGCAGUGCAGGCCCUUCGAGAGAACAAAGCCAAACGAGGAAUCGAUCUCCAUCGAGCAGUGGUUGGGCAAUGGGUAUGCCAGUUCCACCGCCACCACCAGGCCCACCUCCCACUGUAAGGUCCGUCAGUGUGAGUGGCUCAUCAGAGUCUUCUUCCGCGAGAACACCUCAAGGUCCAGUCAAAAGCAGAGCUCGACCGCCACCUUUGAUGGGAACUGGUUUGGGAAGUAUUCCACCCACACCCGCUGACUGGGUGGAUGAAGAGUAUCUCAAAAGCCGACCAACUCGGGAUGAGCCUUUGCAUAUUGACACUUCCAAAGUGAUACCAGCAUCUGACCGAGCUGAAUAUCUCGACUCUAGUGGCAAGCAACGCGAGGUUCAAAGAACCCCAGGAAGCGGCGGUCUCUUCCGUAGCCCUGCAGUCCGGGACCCAAGCGCCAAGGGUAUUCGCGAGAGACGAAUUGAGCGACGAAAUCGGCAGAGUCAGACAUUUGACGAUAUGAGUGCGGUGUCCUCUAGUGGGAACCCAUGGGCCGAUGCUUUGGAACAGAUCAAGCCGUCAAAUUUGAUUUUUCCAGAAUCAGAGAACUCCCCCGAUCCAACACGGCCGCAAUCCUCAUCGAAGUUUACGCCUAAAAGUUCCCGGAGUCUUCCCUCAGAUGGGCAGCUCACUACCUCACGAUCUCGAGCAAGCUCCGGGGGCCUGUUCACCGAUCAGACAUCUUACCCAACGCCAAAAUUGGAUCAACCCCCGGCUGCUGAGCCCAGUGGAUCAUCGGCUACAUUCGCUCAUACACCUCCAUUCUCGCCAAAUGGCGAUUCUUCAUCCGCGUAUCCCGAAGAGGCAUCUCAACCGAUACCACCGAAGGCACUGCCAACUCCACCAUUGGGCUCGGGCAAGGAGUUCCAGCCACAGCCCCGUCCUCGUGGCUUGUCUCGAGGGCGAGAGGAUCGUCCCAUCUCGCAUAUUUUGCAUAUGCCGAAUGACAGCGUUACCAUGAUGAAGCCACUCUCACCGCGUCGAGUUCCGCUGCAGGCAGCGACAAAGCAGACUUCACUGGAAUCUAUCAUAAAGCAAGAUACUGAUUUCAUGCAAGAUGCCAUACAGCGACACCGAAAGUUCAUUGAGGAUGAAGCCGCUGCCCCGAAUGAAGCGGAGGCUCUCAGAAUUUUCACACAAUAUAUGAUUGCCGAGUCGCAGAUCAGGCGUAGUAGAUAUGCCUCCGUCUGGGAUUCUGGAUCAUUUGACUCUGAAAGUGUGCAUAGCAAGCUUUUUGAAUCACGCCCCGUUCAACCUAUAAUACAGCUCCCCAAAAAGCCAAUCAGACCUGCCCCGAUGCUUGAAAUUCCUGGGAGUCGACCCGGUAGGCCGGAGUCCGCGUGGUGGAAUAACUACCAGCCUUGUCUGUCACCUAUCGCGGCUAGUCUCAGCAUGAGCAAUGACGAGAUGAGCUCGCGAGGUCGUGCCCCCAGUCGCUGGUGGGAAUCCAAGACUGGAUCCAGUAGCGAAGGGGCUGGAAGACGCGUACACCGUACCAAACGUGAAUCAAAGUAUAUGGGAUUGGCUCCAGACUCCAUGCAGUGGGACCAAGAAAGGACCCCAUCUAAGCUUGAUGAUGCGGGUGCAAACUAUACAGACCAGUAUGCAGCUUAUGGCCCGGAUGAAUACCCACCAGAGAAGGUCGGCCAGCAUGAGGACGACAACAAUUACCCCAGUGCAGGCGCUGAGCAGCGAUAUGAAAAGUUCAUUGGUAACCAGAAAUUGGACAUAUCGAGGCUGGUUACUCUGCCUCCGCCGUAUCCACGUCAUUAUCCUGCUGUCAACAAUGGGCAUCCUGAUCUUGUAUCAUACCGCACAACGGUUCGAUCCAUUACCGACAUAUCUGAGAUCAAAUCUACCAGGCAGCGAUAUCAGAUGGAUGUGGAUAGAAUGACCCAGGAGAACCAGGAGCAGGUUCAAGAAGGUCGCCGUCAAUUUAAAUCCAAUAUUCAAAGCCAAAUCCAAGAGGGCAGUCUGACCUUUGCGGAAGCUGCUGAGGCCGAGGCUGCCAUGACGGUUGAAGAACAGAGACGCGAAGGCGAAUUAGCGAAGCGUCAGCUUGACUCAUAUCAGAAGAUGGUACUGAAGCCAAUGCAUGCUAUCGUUGCAGAUCGUAUCGACAAAGCAACAGCCUGCAUUGAUGAGCUGAGCAGCAAGCUUUUCGAUGAUGCACAGCACGAGACCCCCGAUCAGGCACAGGAGGAAGGCGACGAGAAGCCCGAGUUAUUGGAAAAAUUGACUCAGCUCAAAUGGCUAUUUGAAGCGCGCGAACAACUUCACCGAGAAGCUUUCGAUCUGGUCAGCGGCCGUGAUGAUAGAUAUAAAACGGUUGCUCUACUGCCAUAUCAACAAAGCAAGAAUGAAGAAAAGCUUCGCGAAACCCAGGCUUUCUUCUCAAAAGAUUCCUUGGACCGACGUGUGCAGUACGAGAAUGAGGCAUUUUCCCGCCUUGAGACGUUCCUGAAUGUUAUCGAACAAAAUGUUGUCCGUGGCGUUGAGAAACAAUUAUCUGCCUUCUGGGACAUUGCCCCCUCACUUCUCGCCCUGGUGCAACAGGUUCCUGAGAGUCUGCAUGGCUUCCAGGUUCAGAUCCCAGCAAAUGAGUAUGAGGAGAAUCCGAGCUAUCAUGCUCACCCCUUACAGUAUCUCUAUUCGCUGCUCUCUCAUGCUGAGAAGUCAAGUUACCAGUACAUUGAGUCUCAGACGAAUCUUCUCUGUCUGUUGCAUGAGGUCCGGUCGGCUAUGAUGCGAGCCAAUCGCAAUCUCACCGAGGCGGAGAGAAUUCAGCGGGGAGAGCCCGAAGAAACAGUUCGUCAAAUCAUGGAGAUGACUCGAGCAGAUCAAGAAGUCUCUCUGACUACGGACCUGAAAGAUAAAGUGGCUACUGUUGAAGGCCAGUGGACGGAAGCUCUUGGAAGUCAAAUUGAAGUGUUGCGAGAAAGAGUUAAGGAACAGCUCAUAAGUGAAGAUGCAUGGGAAGACUUGGAGAGGCUGGAGCAGGAAUAG